ACUGGACCCGGACAGGCGGACCUGAAGCACAACCGGCUGCCUCGCGCUCAGUCUGGGAGGCAGGAGGCGUAAAACAAGUGCACACUGGGAAUUUAACCACAGCGAGAAGCUGGCAACGGUGGUCUGGGCAUGGACAGCACUGGAUUUUGGAUAUUCCUGAUAACCACUUGUGUUAUUCCAGGAAUAAAGGGCCAGACUGUUGAAAUGGAUGAUGGGAAGUGGGGGUAUGCUGGCUCAAAGGUGGAUCUCCGCUGUCGCUUCAUCAACAGCCUCCCGCCUGUCAAAAUCUCUCAGGUAACAUGGCAGAAGCUGGUGAACGGCACUAAGCAGAACGUGGCAAUCGCCAAUCCCUCCCUGGGUGUGUCCGUGGCCCCGCCAUACAGGGACCGUGUCACCUUCAAGAAUGCAGCAGUGAGGCGACGAACUCCGACUCUGGAAGACACCACCAUCACCUUCUCCUUGCUCCGCCUCUCAGACGAGUCCAGCUACAUCUGUGAAUACACCACGUUCCCUGCAGGGAACCGAGAAAACACUGUAAACCUCACUGUCUACGUUCGGCCAACAACUCAGAUUAGUCUAUCCACACCGACGCUGGUGGCUCGUUCAUCCAAUCUAAAAACCCCGGUGGCCACCUGCAUCUCUGCCAACGGAAAGCCACCCGGUACCAUCAAAUGGGAGACGAGGGUGCCAGGAGAAGUGACCACCCGAGAGUACAGGAACUCAGACGGGACGUUCACUGUCCAGAGUGAAUAUAUUUUAGUGCCCAGCAGAGAAACACACAAGGAGACGCUCACCUGUGUCACCACCUACAACGACGAGGUCUUCACUGACAGUGUCACCCUCGACAUUCAGUAUGAGCCGGAGGUUUCGGUGGAUGGGUUUGAUGGAAACUGGUACCUGAACCGAGAGAAUGUCCAGCUGAGCUGCCAAGCUGAUGCCAACCCAGCCGUCUCUCUGUAUCAGUGGAGACUGGUCAAUGGCUCCAUACCAAGCAAUGCUGAUAUCCGCGACAACAUCCUGACCCUUAAAGGGCCGGUCACGUAUGACAUGCAGGGCACCUAUGUGUGUGAUGCAACCAACAGCAUCGGGACACGAUCGGGCUCUGUGGAGAUCGGCAUUAUCGAAAAGCCUCUACCGCAGAUCGCAACUGGUGAUGUCAUCAGCGUAAUUGCCUUAUUACUGGCUGCUGGAGUUCUCAUGGGCAUUACUGUCACCGUCCUGGUGCUCAAAAUAAGAAGUAGAAAAGGCAGCGCCUCAAAUGCCUCUCCGUCCAUAAAGCCGUGCCAGCCGAUAAGGAAAAGACCAGCAGAUGAUAUCCAGCACUCAGGGCGGUUUUAUGAAGAGCUUCCAAACACAGCAGACUAUGUGAGCUACAGACUGGCCUGCAACAAGGAGGACUACCCGGAUCCCUACUCCCCUCCCAUCAAGCCUCAGCUCUCAUUUCUGCCCCAACAACCCUACCACUCCUCACAACCAACCACUGCAACCAGCAGCAGCGGUACCAACACGCCAAAUCACACCUUGUCUCCUCCUUCACACACCACUGCCAUCUUUAAAUACCCCUCUGUCACAGGUUUGUCUUCUCCUCCCCCGGGAGUGGCAGCGUACACUUUUCCCAAAGAGCAGUACGUCUGAACUUUUGACACAGACUCAAACAUCUCAAGCAAAUUUCAGAUGAAAUGACAAAAUAAAAACUCUUUCCUAAGAGGGGCUGGAAAAAUUAUGCUAACCCUGGAGUAUGGGUGUGUCUAUACUGACUGCAUCAUUGUGGAUGGCUCUGAAGGUCAAAGGACAAUUCAGCGUUUGUUGUUGAACUUUGGAUGACACCAUUUUUUAUUGUGUUAUCUAUUCGUUGAAAAGGGAACAUUGUGAACCAUGUCUCAGAUGUUUAGGAU